AUGGCCGCACAAGUGGGCCCCACUCUUCACUCGCUGCGUCACUCGCACUCCGCCUACCUGCUCCGCUGGUGCCUGUCAGCUGCCCUCGCUGUUUCACCACAUCCUGUCUAUCGCACACGUGUCCUGUUCAUUACUCGCAAUACCCCAGAACUCAUCGCCGAGUACAGGGACAAUACGCACUACGGAGAAAUAAACAAUGGCUGCGACUCGGACACGAGCGGCUGCAGGGAGGACUCGGGCUCGCCGUCUCCGUCGCCGCCGCUGCUGUUCGGGUCGCCGCCUGCGACGCCUGCGGGCCUGCUACCCCCGCACCAGUCUCCCGCAGCUGCGGCGGCUGCAGCUGCGGCGGCAGCGGCCCUGUCGCCCUCCUCCGGACUACCGCAGCAGCAGCACCAGCAGCAGCAGCGCAAGAAGAGGUCCCGGGCGGCCUUCUCGCACGCGCAGGUGUACGAGCUGGAGCGCCGAUUCAACCAGCAGCGUUACCUUUCCGGCCCAGAACGAGCUGACCUGGCGCACGCGCUCAAGCUGACCGAGACCCAGGUGAAGAUCUGGUUCCAGAACCGGCGGUACAAGACGAAGCGCAAACAGUUGCAGCUGCAGGAGCAGCACCACCACCAACAGCAGCAGCAGCACCAGCAGCUGCAGGCCACCUCCGUGUCCUCCGCAGCCGCAGCUGCAGCCGCCGCAGCCGCGGCUGCCAAGCGAGUAGCGGUGAAGGUGCUGGUGAGGGACGACCAGCCCGUCAGCCCGGCAGCCGCCGCCGCCGCUGCAGCUGGCAAGGCCCUGUCGCUGUACCCCCCUCCACCGCCGCAGCUGCCGCCGCUGCCCUUCCCCUAUUACUACUACCACCCACUGUUGUGUCAGCCAGCACCAAGCGUCGUGCCGGCUCACCCCAGCUUGUCGCCGCCUAGUGGUGCCUCUAGUCCGCGUUGA